GGCUAUUAAAAAAAUAAUUUAUAGAUAAAUAAUUAUUAGACAAUAAGUAGAGAAUUAAUUUUUAUAACUCAGUAAUCAAUGUAGUAGCAAGGAAAUACUAAAUCCAACAAUGGAGUUAGCACACAAAAAGAAUAUAUGCAGUAUAGCUAAUAACUGUUUUCAAAUGCUCAUCUUCCUUCAAUUGUUAAUCCUGCCUAACCAAAUAAUUAUCUUCUUUAAUAAAUACCAUAACAAGUUUCGAAUAAGCCUAAAUGUAAUAGAAGAAAGGUUAAUCUUAGCUAAGAAUAAACUGAAGCUUUGGUUCUUUCUUGGCGAGAAAAAGGUUUUGGUGAUUUUAAUAAUUGGAUUUAAAGUGCAAAAGCUGAACAAAAUAUUGAUUUUAUUGAAAAUCCACUUGAAGUUGGUGUAAGAACCUUCACAUGCAAAUUAGAAAUUUAUUUUCCAAAUUAUUCUAAUGUUCCUAGUUUUUCAAGUGUAGGAACUGGUAGAUCAAAGAAAGAAGCCAAAAAAAUUGCUCAAGAGAGAAUAUUAUUGGAUAUUAUAAAAGAUGGAUAUUUGAAUUUAGGGUACAAAGAUGAUAACUUCUUAGAUAAGAUACCUCGCUUAUCUGAUGUUCAUUAAAUGAUUAUCUAAAACACUAAAACUGGUAGACCAGAUCUUAAGCUUGUAGAUUAGCAAUAACUAGACACAACAGCAAUCUCUUAAGCUUAUUCCUUAGAUAUAUAAAAUAGAUAGAUUCUCUAAGGUAAGCAAAUACCACCAACUCAAAAUGAAAUUAAUGCAUUUUAUCAAGAUCUUUCUUUAUCAGGGAUAGACAAAAUAAAUACAAAGUAGUCACCUUUAACAAACACUCCCAUUUCCUCAAAUACCUUAACAAUUAGCUAGCCAGGUUCAAGUCAUAUUGCUUUUUAUCCUAAUGAUAAAAGUACUACAACUAAAGAAAAAGAUGAACUAUAAAAAAAAAUUUUUAAGCUUUCAAAAUAGAUGUAAGAAAAUCUAAAACAAGAUAAAUAUUUUGAAGCUUGUUAGGUAUUAGUUUAAAUACUUAGUAAAAAGUCUCCAGAAUGGAAUGAAAUUAAUCAUAUUUGGUCUUAUGCUUUACUUUCCAAAGAUAUUGUUUAUGUCAAAGUGUUAAUUGAUUUGAUCAUCUAAAAAACAAUCACUAAACCCAAGGAAGGAGAAUAAUCUAGUUAGAAAAAAGAAGAUGGAAAUUUGAAUGGCUUAUAAAAGUAGGAAGAUGAAUCUGUUGAGUAGGCUAAGAAAGAGUUAAUGAAAAUAUAUGGAAAUAAUAUACAAAGGGUCGAGACUGAUAAUGUUUAUGAUUAUUUUGAUAGUUAUACCCUUAUGAUGAAUAGACCAGAAAUAGAUAAUUAAACAGUUUAAAACAAUAAAGUUUAAGUAGAUUUGGAUGAAUAAUAAUGCCUGCUUACAGAUAUCUCACAAACUCAUUUGUAGUAAGAAAUAGAAGCUCAGAUUAGCCAUUAAUAACCAAUCAACGAAGUAAUAGCUCCUUUUGAUAGCCAAAUUAAAAGCCUUGAAAAAAGAGAAGUGUUAAAAGAGAUAGAUAAUUUAAAAAAAUAAAUUUCAUAUUACUAAAGUCUUUAAAAUUUAGAUUAAAAUGCUAACUUAAUCAAAGAAAAUAAUAAUUAAGACAUGUAAAACAGCAUAAAAUUCAUUUAGUAAAAGCUCAAUUCGCAAGAAAAUGAUGCUAUUUAAGAUGGAUAAAAUAACAAAUAAGAUAUCAUAUCAGGGGAAUUUCCAUCGAAAAAAAUCAAAUUAAAUGAAGAAGAAACAAAAGAGCAACAGUAUCCUUAAGAAAAUCAGUUAGCUUAAAUUAAUUAAGAGCCAUAAAAAAUAUAGGAGUUUUCUUAAAAAAUAGAAGAAUUAUAAUAAUUAGUUAAAAAAAAGGAAAAAGAAGUAUUAGAAAUAGACAAGUAAUAUGAGGAAUAUUUAAAAUUGUAAGAGUAAAGAAAAAAGUAACUAGAAGAUUAGCAAGAAUAACAAAGAUAGUAUGAAUUAUAAUUAAUUCAAUAGAGAAAUAAUAAGAUGACAACUCCUCUAAAUUCUUAUUACAUUCCUCAAUAAUAAUAGUAGCCUGGAUAUUAAUCUUAUCAACCUUAUAUGAAUCAAUAAUAACAAUAAAGCUUUUAAUAUCCUACUAUGGCUUAUAACCAUUAUGAUUACUCCAUGCAAAAUUCAGCAAUUUUCUAGUAAUCGUAAUACUAUAGUCAAUAUUAUUACAAUUAGCAUUAAGGGUAUCCCUAUAACAUGCAAUAUCCAACGCAAUACGCUAAUUCAUCUAACGUACCAUAUUCUACUCCUUAAUACCCUCCAAAUACCUACUACAAUUACUCUUAAUAAUAACCUUCCAAUCAAUAGUAACAGUAACAAUAACCUUUAGUAUAAGACUAAAAGGUAAGUUAAGAAAUAUCUCAAUUAAAUCCUUCUAAUAAAAAUGAAUCCUUAACAGAUUAAACUACUAUAAUAGAAAAAAUAUAUUCUUAGGCUUAGAACAUCAAUUAUCUCAAGUACAAUCUUGUUGAUGAAAUGUAUGAUUCAUUACUUUAUCUAGGAGAUAUGAACUUUUCUUUAGCAGUUGCUGAGCAAAUUUAUUCAAAAGUUAAAAUAAACGUAUCAGAAUUUUAAAAUAUUUAAGCUGCCCAUUACUAUAGCAACAAAAAGAAUAUGCUAGUCGUUGAACUAAUUGAGUAUAUAUUUUAAGUUUUCAACAGCUCAAAACCUCGUCUAAAUGAAGCUUUUGCUUCAAUAAAUGGUUAAAUAGAAAAAAUAGGAAACAAAUUUUCUUAGGAAGUCCUUUUGUUUAAGCCAGCAAGCACUGAGAUAAAUUUGGAGCAAAAAAUUGCAAAAAAGGGCCUUCUUGAAUAAAGAGAAAAUUAUAGCUUGAUUGCUGAAGGAGAAUUCGUUAUGCUCACUUCUUUAUAUCAAUCAAACAAUAACGAUCACGGAAAUUUGUACUCUGAUUUGAGAUCUGCUUAAAGCAAAUAAUAUUUAAUAUAAUUCUUAAAUAAUAUAGCUAGCAGCUUAAAUAUAUAACCUCCUGAUGUUAGAGCUUUUUAUAACAAAAUAUCAGAAAAUGGAUAGCCAAUAGAAUUUGCAAUGAUUGGAUAUGUAAGAGAAAUAAGUAAAGAAAGUGCAAUUAAAUUGUUUAUCUUACCUACUCCAUAGCAAAGCAGAGCAGUUAGUGAUUCUUAUCGCAUAUGGAAAAUAACAAAACUAGUGAACAAAACAACUUAUGAUCGUACUUGUGAAGCAUUGCUUAAAUUUGUUAGCACUAAAUCUGUAUCAGAACCAAUUAUGAAUAUCAUACUUACCCCACCUUUGUGCGAUAAAUAAAAAAUUCAAGAGAUGUCAGAAAAGAUUGUAUUUACACCUUCAAAAAAUACUCUAUUUAAUCCUACAUUAAAUCACUCUCAAUAAACUGCUCUGUAAUUUGCUACAACUAGAGCUUUAACAUUAAUUUAAGGUCCUCCUGGAACAGGAAAAACUACUACAGCAGUACAUAUAGUCUAAGAGUGGUGCAGAUAAUCUUCAGACCCUGUGCUAGCUUGUGCUGAUUCUAAUAUAGCAGUUGAUAUUUUACAUAAAGAAUUUAUCAAAUCAGGUAUUCGUGCAUGCAGAAUUGGCCCUGGAAGUGAAUCGAAAAAUGAGUUGAUGCAAGAUCCUAAGUAUAGGACUUAUAUUGAAUCAUUUAAAAAGUAAUAAUAAGGAAAAAAUCCAAUCAGUGCAAAAUUUAUGUUUAUGAAAAAGCUAAUUUCAGAAUCUUAGGUUGUAUGUGCCACUAAUGUUGGAUCUAUGUCUGAGUAUUUAAAAGAACAAAAUUUUACCAGGGUAAUAAUAGACGAAGCUACUUAAGCCACAGAAAUGUCUACAAUAAUACCUCUUAUCAAUAAAGCUUAGCAAGUGGUAUUAAUAGGUGAUCAUAAAUAGCUUCCCCCAACUGUUCUCAGCUCUUUAGCUUAGAGUAAAGGUAUGACUAUAAGUUUGUUCGAGAGACUUGUUAAGCAAGGAAUUUAACCUAAAAUGCUUAUGAGAUAAUACAGAAUGCAUUCUACUAUAGCUUUAUUCCCUUCUCACUAAUUCUACAAUAACUUAUUAGAAAACGGAGUUAGUGAUUAACAAAGACUUCCAAUUGAGGGCUUUAUUUGGCCUAAUAAACUUCUUAGAGUAGCUUUUAUAAAUAUCAACGGAGAAGAAAGAGUAUGUCAAUCAUCUGUUUUAAACUACUAAGAAGUGCAAGUUGUAACAGAAAUCAUAGUUGAUGUUCUUAAAACUAAAAAAACAUCUUUACAGUAAAUUGGAGUUAUAACUCCUUACGAUGCUCAAAAGAGGAGGAUAAAGAAUGAAAUAAGCAAUUUAUAAAGGAUUAAUCCUUAAGUAUUUGGUCAAAACUAUCAAAAUGAUUUCAAACAGAACAAAUACCAAAAUAACACAAUCGAAGUAGAUACUAUAGAUGGAUACUAGGGAAUGGAGAAGGAUUUAAUUAUUAUUAGUACAGUAAGAUCAAACAAUAAAUGCUCAAUUGGAUUUUUGAAAGAUCCAAGACGAAUGAACGUAGCAUUAACUAGAGCUAAAAGAGGGUUAAUUAUAGUAGGUAACUUAAACACACUUUAGAAAGACUCAAAUUGGAGAGAUUUCAUAACAUGGGUAAAUGCAAACAAAGCAGUUAUUUAAUACGGAGUGAACAACAUAGCCCAGAAUAUGAACAAAAUGGCAUUAUCAAACAAUUAAUCUUGA